AUGGACCAGUUUCAUGAUGUUUCCACUGCUUUUCUGGAGCUUGGCAGCAGUUAUCAAGAGGCCAUAGAGGAUAUUACAAUGAGAAUGGGUGCAGGAAUGGCAAAAUUUAUAUGCAAGGAGGUAGAAACAAUUGAUGACUACGACGAGUAUUGUCACUAUGUGGCAGGCCUUGUUGGAUUAGGGCUGUCAAAGCUUUUCCAUGCCUCUGGUUCUGAAGAUUUACUUUCAGAUUCUCUCUCCAAUUCAAUGGGUUUAUUUCUUCAGAAAACCAACAUUAUUCGAGAUUACCUGGAGGACAUUAAUGAGAUACCAAAAUCACGAAUGUUUUGGCCUCGCCAAAUAUGGAGUAAAUACGUCAACAAACUUGAGGAAUUGAAAUAUGAGGAAAACUCAGUCAAGGCAGUGCAGUGCCUGAAUGACAUGGUCACAAAUGCUUUAUUCCAUGUAGAAGACUGCCUGACUUACAUGUCUUCUUUACGAGAUCCUGCUAUCUUCCGCUUCUGUGCUAUUCCACAGGCAGUGCAGUGCCUACUGUCUUCUGGAGCGCGUUUCGAACGGUAUAAGUUACGACUUCGCUUCCGAAAAGAGAGAUUUGACUCUGAUCCACUACCGGAAGGAAUUGCCUCACUUACCGCUUGCUCUUAUUCCCAUCGAUAUGCCCGGAAACAAGAACUUUCUUUCUCUCAUGCCCUUUACCUUAAGCCUGACAAAGAUAGAAUGUUUCACUUGCCCUACCGCUUUCAUUGCCCGUAAAGACUCUAUCUCUACAGCCGCCUUCUCUUUCCUUUUCAUUACAAACAAACCGUUUUCAUAACUAAUAAGGCGUAAAAGAAAGGAGUCUCGGUAUUUGUUCUGACUUCCGCUCGCAAAGGAACAAGAUCUGGAUUUGACUAGGGCGAGCGCUGUUUACUAUGCGAGUGGAUUCUUG